CCAAAUGAAGAACCCUACAAAGUUCUGGACAUGCCGCUAGUUAUAGCUCAGGUGACCCUUUUCAGCUGCGGUGGCUUUAGCUUUGGCCUGAGACUCUGCCACUGCAUCUGCGACGGCCUCGGCGCCAUGGAGUUCCUCGGCGCGUGGGCUGCCAAGGCAAAAACGGGAGAACUUGUGACAAAACCGGGCCAAUUUGGGACAGGGGGUUUUUCCGGCCACGAGACCCGCCAAUGAUGCUCGGCUGGCCAUAUCGGAGGAGUAUUUGAGGUCGAUGGUGGAUCACGUCCACGUUACCGGCCAAGAAAGCUUGAAUUUGGAGGGAAACUCGCCAUAACACAUUGGACCAGAUUCUUCAUAUAUGAAUUGGCUGAAUUCGGGUGAGGAAAGCCAGUUUAUACCGGGCCGAUGGACUUGACCCCGACGCCGCAAGUGUGUGUAUUCUUACCGGAAGGAGGGGCGGAGCCAAGUGAGGCGAUUGUGGUGUAUAUCUGCUUGCCUCACUCCGCCACCGAUAGAUUUACGGAAUUUUUGUGUUUGAAAAAUACAUGCCAAGAGCGGGC